CGCGGUCCCGUACAGACCUUAUCCAAGAUCUCCUAGUGCAACUAAAAGCCAGUGAUCAGUCAGCCUACCAGUAAGUGAACUAUAUAACAGUGUAGGCUGUUGUUAACUUGUUAAUCUAACCGAAAAUGGGGCUCAUGAAGAAAAGGAAAAAUAAAAAUCCAACGGCCGAGCAACAAAAUUCGCAGGUUACAGUACAACCUAUAUCUGCCGAUACGAUUCCCGUCGAAAUUUCCGAACAAGAAAUUCCGCAGUCCAUAAAAGAUUUUGCGCAAAAAUGCAAAGACAAUUUUGAUGAAGGAACGUUAAGUUGGUUGAUUAGGUUUAACUAUGUUUCAUUCCUUCUCUACAUCAUCCACAUUGGUUGUAACAUUUAUUGGCUUAAUUACUUUUACAACAAAGGAGAUAUGUGGUAUUUCGGGUGCACCUUGGCAUUUUGGUUAAUCCCUGCAGGUAGUGCGACUCUAACAAGUUUCUUGUUUUACAAUCCCGGUUGGCCGAUUAACCAAAACCAAGACACAUUUGACCCCAGAGAUUAUUUGCCAGAAAAAGAAUCUAAUUUUAGCUUUAACAUGAAGUGGUUUUUGGGUUUCUGUCCAUUUCCGAGGUACUGGGAUACCAUUAAAUACGCCCGCAAAGCCAAAAAAGCCAAGAAAACGGAUGACGAGGCGCAGAACAUGUAUUUCCUCGCAAUGAUUUGGGAAGAUGUCGAGUUACUACAAUUGCGCCAAUUUGAGAGUUUCAUGGAAUCAGCGCCUCAAUUAUUGCUCGGCCUGUACAUCGCCAUCAAAGAAGAAUCCCUUUUAGGAUAUUGGUCGUUAUUGAAAAUCGUCACUAUCGGCAGCUUGUCGUGGGCAUUACUCUCGUACGAUAACAAAAUCUGCUUAAUGAAUGGAAAACGUGAUGAUGCAGCCCAACGGAGCCGAUCAAAUGUCAUCAGAAUUGACUUCACGAAUGAUGACGAGACAAAUGAAGUCAUUGAUUGCAUCAAAAACAUCAACUGGAAAAAGAACGUUCUCUCAUUUUUCGCUCAUUUCUCCUGGAUGGUGGCCCGAUUCAUGGUCUUGAGUUUGUUCGCGACUGUUCACGGUUGGGUUAUUUGGAUGGCCUGCCUUGCUCACCUAGUCCCAAUUCUCGUUUUGCAUAAGGAGAAAAAUUACGGUUUUAUGGACUCGUUGAGAUUGUCAUUUCUCCACGUUUUCGCCUACUUGUACCGAACAAAAAAUAAACGUGAUCAAGAGAAACACCUACGAUUCUCACCUGUCGCGUAUCAGUAUGUCUGCAUCUGCGAAAAUCUGUUUCUCAUGGUAAUGUGUAGCCAAAGUAUCAUCAAAUGCAACGAGAGGAGCAAUCUUGACAUCUCAUCCAUCCUGUCCUAUCCUUGGAAUGAUUGGACAUUCUCACUCCCCUGGAUCGGCCAAAUUUUGACUUUUCUUUUAAGUUGCUUGUUGUUUCGGUUGCUAAACAAAGAGCGACAAUCUCCCAUCACUCCUGCUGCCCCUAGUUAGUCGUUCUUUAGCCGCGCUAAAAGAAAUCUCCAUUCUAGAAAUGGCGAUAGCCACCUCAAAACCAAAAAGUGUUCGUCCAAGUUGUGUUGGUUAAAUUCCUUCUUAUUUCCAUUAUGCAACACUUGUACUGUGUCUAAACGUUGUCUAUUAGUAUACGGUCUUCAUCAAUAUUCUGGCAAAAUAUAUGAACAAAUGUAUACUACUA